AUGUCUGCUCUCCUCCAGCCUCUGACCAUGCCUAGCGGCAUUCGCCUCCCGAACCGUCUCGCGAUGGCCUCCAUGACCCGCAAUCGCUGUGUCGACAACCACAAACCCGGUCCAGCAACCGUCCAAUACUACUGCGACCGCGCCCGAAACGGCCCCGGCAUAAUCAUCAGCGAAGGUCUGCUGGUCGACUGGGCUGGCGUUGACUACCCACAUGCGCCAUUCCUCGUUGCUGAUGAGCAAGCGGCGGCGUGGAAGAAGGUGGUCGAUGGCGUUCAUCGGGAGGGUAGACUGAUGUAUUGGCAGGCAUGGCAUGCCGGUGUGUUUGCGCCGUCUUUUCCUGGUGAUGACAAGCUGAGAUCGGUGUGGGCAAGAGAAUGGAUUUUGCUGAUCUUUGGCACAUACGCUGAUUCGUGA